CAGAGCGCGGCCCUUCCGGUCGCUGUUGCUACGCGACGGCGGUGCCGAUGGCGGGCGCGGCGCUGGCGCGGGCCGCGCAGCUCUGGUCGCUGCUGGACGAGAUGGCGGAGAGCGACCCCCAGGCCUACCGCCGGCUCCUGCGGCGGCAGCGCGCCGAGGCCGAGCGGCUCUGCGCCCCGCCGGAGCCUCACCUGUGCCUGCGUGCCCGCCCCGCGGGCGUCGGCGGGGGGCCGCUGUUUAUCAACGUCUGCAGCUGGAAAAGGGUCCCGGCGCCCGAGGGCCCCACUGGCCCCACGCCUGUCAGCGCGGGGCCGCUGCAAGAAGUAGCGGGCGAAGGAGACCUUUACAGCAUUAUAGAUAUUGCAUAUAACCCAGAUGUGCUUCAGAGAGGAGAAGAAAACCCAGAAAAAAUGGAGCACUUGAUCCACUUAACGCUUAAAUUCGUUGAGGAACGAUGCAACCUUACUCUUUCAUACUUGUACACCAUUGAAUCAUUCCAAUUGAAAGGAAGCCUGGAAAUGAUGCAACAGCGUCUGAAAGGAAGACAGAUGCCAGCUCCACAUCUCAGUCAGAACACAAAGAAGGAACUGACACUUGAUCAGCUGGUGCACACUCUGGAAGCUGAGGACUGCAGCAACGUCCCUGUGCUGCUGAAGGAAGAAAGUGUGACACAAUCUAAAGUGCGUCUGAUAGAGGAAAUUACCAGUACUGAAAUGCCGGAUAAGCUAAGUAGCCCUGUCUAUGAAAUGAUCACUGUGAAGGAUGCAAACAAGAAACCACUCAAAAUUGAACUCAGAAUUGAAUUGCCUAAGGUUAGCUCUGUUUCUGAGUGUGAUUUGAGAAUUUCAAAGGAUGACAUAAUCAUUGAAGUCCCUGAAAAAUACAAAUUACAACUAGAUCUGCCAGAAUUGGUGGAUGAAGAAACAGCUACAGCAGUAUUUAACAAAGGAAAACGGGUAUUGUUCAUCACACUGCCAGUUGCCAAACCAGAUCCUUAAGGAUCACAGAUACCAGAACAAAACAAAAGCCCAGAAUGAGAAUCUUAACUUUUAGAUGGUGACGAGUUGCUUUAGUGACCUUCUAAUCUUUAGCAGUGAAUACCUCUGAUGGCUUUAGAAGAUGCAUGUAGAAAAGGAAAUCUGGAGGAAUACUAGGACCAUCAAGCUUAGGGAAAAAAAUAAGUAAAAGACUGUAAAUAUUCAAGGAGUACCUGAGUAUGUUAACAGCUGUAGUAAAGAACCAUAAAUGCAUACAUGCUUUACUACAUCAUUUACGUUGCCUUAAGGCACAGCAAUAACAGUUGUGAAGUCUUUUUGCUAAAUAAAUUGAUUACUGGAUUCACGUGGUUAGAGCAGCUCUCACAUGUAUUUAAUGCUGGAACAACCAGCAGAGGUGUCGUACACAUUUCUACAAGUGGCCCUGCAUGCUGGUGCCUUUCUAUUGAGGACAAUCCCUGCUGAUCUUAACUGGAAUUUCAGUCACUGAAUGUGCUUCACCUCACUUCUUACCUGUUUGGUGAUCUCUGAGUGAGACCAUAAAUCAACAGACCUAUUCCAUACUAUUCAAAACAGCAGAUAGAGAUGCUAAAACUCAGGAAUGCUUAGUGCAAAGCUAGCAACCAAAACUGAUCUUGGAGCACUUCAACUAGAAAAACUAUCUGCAUUAGUUUACAGAAAUACACAAAAUACAAAGUAAUACAAAACAACUUCAUGGAUUACAAAGCAUUACUAGAAUUGAUUGUGAAAGGGACAAAAGUUUAAGCGAUCUUCAUGAUUGGUUUGGUAGUACGUCAUUCUUACGGCUGCUGUGACACAUUUGCACUACAACCAUGUUUCUAAACCAAUAUUCAUCAGAAAUGGAAACGGACAACUUGGUUUUGAGCUGCAACUUUAAAAUAGAGGCUUACAAAAGAACAGUAACUCCUAGCUUUCCCCCUUCCUUCUUUCAAAGAAACGUGGAAGGCUGCGUUGAAAUACAGUUCAGUCGUUACAGUUGCAAGUUCAAGCUGAAAUUCUAUUACUGCAUGGACUGAGCUUGCCUGUUGCAGGACGCAAGCAGUACCAGAAAUCACUAUCCACACUCCAAGCACACACACUGGAUAGCAUUUUUUUAGUUGCAAGUGUUCCAGAGUCUGACAGUCAUUCAGAGAGCGAUUCCAUAAAAUAAACUAUUUAGUGUUCUUACUGCAGGAAGAUAGUGAAGGGUCUCUGUAGCCAGAAUUUCGAGGGUCUGGUGAAAACUGCACCAAAGAAGCCCGGAAGGUUAAAGUUUACUGCUGCGUGAUAGGAAUAAAGCAUGUAUUAUUCUG